AUGCCAGGAGAAGACCAGCCCCGCGUCAGGAGAAGACCAGCUCCAUGUCAGAAGAAGACCAGCCCCACGCCAGGAGAAAACCAGGCCCACGCCAGGAGAAAACCAGCCCCACGCCAGGAGAAGACCAGACCCACGCCAGGAGAAGACCAGACCCACGCCAGGAGAAGACCAGACCCACGCCAGGAGAAGACCAGCCCCACGCCAGGAGAAACUAGCCCCACACCAGGAGAAAAACAGCCCCACACCAGGAGAAAACCAGCCCCACGCCAGGAAAAGACCAGUCCCACGCCAGGAGAAGACCAGCCCCUCAUCAGGAGAAGACCAGCUCCAUGUCAGAAGAAGACCAGCCCCAUGCCAGGAGAAGACCAGCCCCGCAUCAGGAGAAGACCAGCUCCAUGUCAGAAGAAGACCAGUCCCACGCCAGGAGAAGACAAGCCCCACGUCAGGAGAAAAGCAGCCCCACGCCAGGAGAAAACCAGCCCCACGCUAGGAGAAACCAGCCCCACGUCAGGAGAAGACCAGACCCACGCCAGGAGAAGACCAGACCCAUGCCAGGAGAAGACCAGCCACACGCCAGGAGAAACCAGCCCCACGCCAGGAGAAGACCAGCUCCAUGAGAAACCAGCCCCACGUCAGGAGAAGACCAGACCCACGCCAGGAGAAGACCAGACCCACGCCAGGAGAAGACCAGCCCCACGCCAGGAGAAACCAGCCCCACGCCAGGAGAAACUAGCCCCACACCAGGAGAAAAACAGCCCCACACCAGGAGAAAACCAGCCCCACGCCAGGAAAAGACCAGUCCCAUGCCAGGAGAAGACCAGCCCCGCGUCAGGAGAAGACCAGCUCCAUGUCAGAAGAAGACCAGCCCCAUGCCAGGAGAAGACCAGCUCCACGAGAAAACCAGCCUCAUGUAAGGAGAAAACCAGCCCCACGCCAGGAGACAACCAGCCCCAUGCCAGGAGACAACCAGCCCCACGCCAGGAGAAGACCAGCCCCACGCCAGGAGAAGACCAGCCCCACGCCAGGAGAAGACCAGCCCCAUGCCAGGAGAAGACCAGCCCCACGCCAGGAGAAGACCAGCCCCACGCCAGGAGAAAACCAGCCCCACGCCAGGAAAAGACCAGUCCCAUGCCAGGAGAAGACCAGCCCCGCGUCAGGAGAAGACCAGCUCCAUGUCAGAAGAAGACCAGCCCCAUGCCAGGGGAAGACCAGCCCCGCGUCAGGAGAAGACCAGCUCCAGGUCAGAAGAAGACCAGUCCCACGCCAGGAGAAGACAAGCCCCACGUCAGGAGAAAAGCAGCCCCACGCCAGGAGAAAACCAGCCCCACGCUAGGAGAAACCAGCCCCACGUCAGGAGAAGACCAGACCCACACCAGGAGAAGACCAGACCCACGCCAGGAGAAGACCAGCCCCACGCCAGGAGAAACCAGCCCCACGCCAGGAGAAACUAGCCCCACCCCAGGAGAAAAACAGCCCCACACCAGGAGAAAACCAGCCCCACGCCAGGAAAAGACCAGUCCCAUGCCAGGAGAAGACCAGCCCCGCGUCAGGAGAAGACCAGCUCCAUGUCAGAAGAAGACCAGCCCCAUGCCAGGGGAAGACCAGCCCCGCGUCAGGAGAAGACCAGCUCCAGGUCAGAAGAAGACCAGUCCCACGCCAGGAGAAAACCAGCCCCACGUCAGGAGAAAAGCAGCCCCACGCCAGGAGAAAACCAGCCCCACGCUAGGAGAAACCAGCCCCACGUCAGGAGAAGACCAGACCCACGCCAGGAGAAGACCAGACCCACGCCAGGAGAAGACCAGCUCCAUGUCAGAAGAAGACCAGCCCCACGAGAGAGAGAGAGAGAGAGAGAGAGAGAGAGGGGGAGAAAGCGAGCGAGCGAGCGAGAGACAGAGAGAGAGAGAGAAAGCGAGCGAGCGUGCGAAAGAGACCAUCGAUACGCCACACGUCACCGAUACGCCGCACGCCAUCGAUACACCACACGUCAUCGAUACGCCACACGUCACCGAUACGCCACACGCCAUCGAUACGCCACACGUCACCAAUACGCCGCACGCCAUCGAUACACCACACGUCACCGAUACACCACACGUCACCGAUACGCCGCACGCCAUCGAUACGCCACACGUCACCGAUACGCCACACGUCACCGAUACGCCACACGCCAUCGAUACACCACACGUCACCGAUACACCACACGCCAUCGAUACACCACACGUCACCGAUACGCCGCACGCCAUCGAUACGCCGCACGUCACCGAUACGCCACACGCCAUCGAUACGCCACACGCCAUCGAUACGCCACACGCCAUCGAUACGCCACACGUCACCAAUACGCCGCACGCCAUCGAUACACCACACGUCACCGAUACGCCACACGCCAUCGAUACACCACACGUCACCGAUACGCCACACGCCAUCGAUACGCCACACGUCACCGAUACGCCACACGCCAUCGAUACACCACACGUCACCGAUACACCACACGCCAUCGAUACACCACACGCCAUCGAUACACCACACGCCAUCGAUACACCACACGCCAUCGAUACGCCACACGUCACCGAUACGCCGCACGCCAUCGAUACACCACACGUCACCGAUACGCCACACGCCAUCGAUACGCCACACGUCACCGAUACGCCACACGCCAUCGAUACGCCACACGUCACCGAUACGCCGCACGCCAUCGAUACACCACACGUCAUCGAUACGCCACACGUCACCAAUACGCCACACGCCAUCGAUACGCCACACGCCAUCGAUACGCCACACGUCACCAAUACGCCGCACGCCAUCGAUACACCACACGCCAUCGAUACACCACACGUCACCGAUACGCCACACGCCAUCGAUACACCACACGUCACCGAUACGCCGCACGCCAUCGAUACACCACACGUCACCGAUACGCCGCACGCCAUCGAUACACCACACGUCACCGAUACGCCACACGUCACCGAUACACCACACGCCAUCGAUACACCACACGUCACCGAUACACCACACGCCAUCGAUACACCACACGUCAUCGAUACGCCACACGCCAUCGAUACGCCACACGCCAUCGAUACGCCACACGCCAUCGAUACACCACACGUCACCGAUACGCCACACGCCAUCGAUACACCACACGUCACCGAUACGCCACACGCCAUCGAUACACCACACGUCACCGAUACACCACACGCCAUCGAUACACCACACGUCAUCGAUACACCACACGCCAUCGAUACGCCACACGUCAUCGAUACACCACACGCCAUCGAUACGCCACACGCCAUCGAUACGCCACACGCCAUCGAUACGCCACACGCCAUCGAUACGCCACACGCCAUCGAUACGCCACACGUCACCAAUACGCCGCACGCCAUCGAUACACCACACGUCACCGAUACGCCACACGCCAUCAAUACGCCACACGUCACCGAUACGCCACACGCCAUCGAUACGCCACACGUCACCGAUACGCCGCACGCCAUCGAUACACCACACGUCACCGAUACGCCACACGCCAUCGAUACGCCACACGCCAUCGAUACGCCACACGUCACCAAUACGCCGCACGCCAUCGCUACACCACACGCCAUCGAUACACCACACGUCACCGAUACGCCACACGCCAUCGAUACGCCACACGCCAUCGAUACGCCACACGUCACCAAUACGCCGCACGCCAUCGCUACACCACACGCCAUCGAUACACCACACGCCAUCGAUACACCACACGUCACCGAUACGCCACACGCCAUCGAUACGCCACACGUCACCAAUACGCCGCACACCAUCGAUACACCACACGUCACCGAUACGCCACACGGCACCGAUACGCCACACGUCACCAAUACGCCGCACGCCAUCGAUACGCCACACAUCACCAAUACACCGCACGUCACCAAUACGCCGCACGCCAUCGAUACGCCACACGUCACCAAUACGCCGCACACCAUCGAUACACCACACGUCACCGAUACGCCACAUGCCAUCGAUACACCACACGUCACCAAUACGCCGCACGCCAUCGAUGCACCAAAUGUCGUAUGA